AUGAGCUAUUGGUAUAGACCAAAUGUGUUAAAAAGAAAAUGGGGAAGUUAUGGAAGUAUUCAUAACAACCAGUAUUAUAAUGAUUACAACGAUAGUACAUUCUUUAAUGAAGUAAAUACUACUUAUGAUCCAGAUGAUGGAGAAGAUGAAUAUUUUGAAGAAGAUGAUGUAGAUUUACAUCCAAAUAGUUAUGAAGCUAAUAAUUAUUUUGAUCCAGACAAUGAAUCAGAAAGAGUAAAUAAACCAGACUUGAUUAAUGAAGAAUUUAGUAAAACAGAAGAAUCAAUAUUUGAUGAUCCAGAUUAUGAAGAAUAUAAUAAAGAAAUGAAUGUUAAUGAAGACCCAAUUGAAGAAAACGAGGAAGAAGAAAAUGAAUUACCUCUAAAAACAAUAGUUGAUCCAGAAAAUCCAAAUACUAUUUAUACAUAUGAUAAUAAUACAAUUGAAUUACAAAACAAUUAUGAGAAUUUAAAAAAUGCAAUAAAAGAAGAAGGAGUAGAUAAUACAAUCCCUGUAAUAGAAGAAAGAGGAGAUGAUAUAAUAGUACAGAAUAUAGAUUAUGAUGAAAUAAAAGAUAAACCAAUGGAAGAAGAAAUAGAAAUACAUAAAGAUGAAAAAGAACCAGAUAGAAAUAUUAUACCACCUAGACCACCAAGAGAGAAUAGACAUUCCAUUAAACAAUGGAUAGAUAAAAAUAGAGAUAAUUCCAAAAGAAAACAUCAUUUAGAAGAUACUAAUGAAUAUCAAGAAAAGAGAGAUUUUGAACGAGGAAUAUAUUUAGAAGAAUUACAACAAUUCUUACCAAUAGAAGAGAAAGAAGAAAGAGAAGAAGCAAUAAAUGAAACAAAAAUAGAAAUUCCACAAAAUGAAGCAUUGAACGAAAAAGAAGAAGUUCAAAAUGAUGAAACAAUGAAUAAUUCAUUACCAAAUGAAAAAAUGCAAGAAAAAAGAGAAGAGAAAGAAGAAAAAAGAAUUAAAAAACCAGUUAUUGUUAAGAAAGAACGAAAACUCAAAGAAGUUAAGAAGAUUGAUUCUAAAUUUAAUUAUAAAGAACUCUUCGGUGACGUUAAAAACAGAAAACAUGAAGUUGAUGAAUUGGAAAAAAGAUAUAGAUUACUUGCUAAAGACAUAUCACUCAAUUAUAAACCAACACAAAAGAAAGAAGAAAAUGAUUCCAAAAAUAUUCUACCAGAAGAAAUUAAACCAAUAAUAGAACAAGAAGAAGAAGAUUUAAGAGUUGAAGACAUUCCAAAAGAGUUAACAAUAAAAGAUCAACAAAAAUAUUGGAAUAACUUUAAACAUAAUGACGAAAACGUUGAUGUAAAUGAAGGAGAAGAAGAAAUAGAACAAGGUAUAGAAGAAGUAGAAGAACCAGAAAUAGAAUAUGAGUACGAGUAUGAGUUCUAG